CCUCAUCCGCACACUCCUCACCCAAGCAACACCACAAUGCUGCACCUCCUCCCACUCUCCACACUUCUCCUCCUCCGCGCUGUCCUCGCGACCCCAUCGCCUCCACCCGCCGCCCGGCCCCUCCCCCUCCUCAUCUGGCACGGCCUCGGCGACAACUACGCAGCCGACGGCCUCCACACCGUCGGCGACCUCGCCAUCGACGUCAACCCGGGCACGUUCGUCUACUACAUCCGCCUCGACGAAUCUCCCGACUCCGACAAAACCGCCACUUUCUUUGGCAACCUCACAGAGCAGAUUGCCUCCGUCUGCGCCGACCUCGCCGCGCACCCAAUCCUAUCCUCCGCGCCGGGCGUAAAUGCACUGGGCUUCUCGCAGGGCGGGCAAUUCCUGCGGGGCUUCAUCGAGAGGUGCAAUGUCCCGCCUGUGAAGAACCUGGUCACGUUUGGCAGCCAGCAUAACGGGAUCAGCAAGUACCAGAUCUGCGGGGCGAGCGACUGGCUGUGCAAGACGUACAUUGGGCUGCUCAAGGCGAAUACGUGGGGCGCGUGGGUGCAGUCGCAUCUCGUGCCUGCGCAGUACUUCCGCGCGACGAACGACACGACCGGGGAGCCUACAGACGACUACUUGGAGUACUCCAACUUCCUGGCCGACGUGAACAACGAGCGGGAGGAAAAGAACGCGACGUACAAGGAGAACCUGGCGAGCUUGGAUAAGUUCGUGAUGUAUGUGUUUGAGGAGGAUACGACAGUUAUUCCGAAAGAGAGUGGCUGGUUCGCGCAGGUUAAUGCGAGUAGUGGGGAGGUUACGGCCCUGCGGAACCGCACGAUAUAUAAGGAGGAUUGGAUUGGGUUGAGGCAGUUGGAUGAGAAGGGGGCGCUGGAAUUUAAGACGACAGCGGGCGGGCAUAUGCGGUUGAGCGAUGAGGUGCUGACGGAGGUGUUUGAGGGGUACUUUUCGCCGGCAAAGGGGAGCUGGGAGGGCCCAAAGAAAGAGUCGCAGGAGCAGUUGGAGUUGUAGGGCGGGCUCCCAUGUCCUUGGAUGCCUUUCUGGAUGCCGGUUCUGUUCCUUCUAGCGGCGCGUCUUGGCUACGAUGAUGGUGUACUCGUCGUUUACGACAAUGGUCUCUUCGUUGUAAUGUUAGUUGUAGCUCAAGAUGACUGGACGGUAGUGUAAAAUAGCAGACGGAGAAAGAAUCUGGUAUUCAUUCAUACAUAAGCAGA